CUCUUCUUGGCCGGUGGGGGUGGCAGUCGCCGGGGCCGCCGACGGCCCGGGCGGGAGUGCGGAUGCGCGAGGGCGGGCCCGAGGCUGUCCCCAAGCAGGCGUGCGCGAGGGUGCUGCCGGCCGCGGGGCCUGAGGCGGCUUCUGUGACUCCGUUUGUCCUGCUGCCUCUCGGGGUCCGGGCUUCCUCUUGCAUCCUGAGAACGUUCUGUGCAGCCUCGAGGACUGUGUCUUGCAUCUCAAAUGAAUUGAGCCCUGCUAACCUGACUGAGAGCUUCACAGAACUGUCUGGCCUUUAGCCCUUCAUCCUUGGCUAAGGAAAUGACCAACCAGUACAGCAUUCUCUUCAAACAAGAGCAAGCCCACGAUGAUGCCAUUUGGUCAGUUGCCUGGGGGACAAACAAGAAAGAAAACUCUGAGACGGUGGUCACGGGAUCGCUGGAUGACCUGGUGAAGGUCUGGAAAUGGCGUGACGAGAGGCUGGACCUGCAGUGGAGUCUGGAGGGACAUCAGCUGGGCGUGGUGUCCGUGGACAUCAGCCACACCCUGCCCAUCGCUGCGUCCAGUUCUCUCGAUGCUCACAUUCGUCUCUGGGACUUGGAAAACGGCAAACAGAUCAAGUCCAUAGAUGCAGGACCUGUGGACGCCUGGACUUUGGCCUUCUCUCCUGAUUCCCAGUAUCUGGCCACAGGAACCCACGUGGGGAAAGUGAACAUUUUCGGUGUGGAAAGUGGGAAAAAGGAGUAUUCUUUGGACACGAGAGGGAAAUUCAUUCUCAGCAUCGCAUAUAGCCCUGAUGGGAAGUACCUGGCCAGCGGGGCCAUAGACGGGAUCAUCAACAUUUUCGAUAUUGCGACUGGGAAGCUCCUGCAUACGCUGGAAGGCCAUGCUAUGCCCAUUCGCUCCCUGACCUUCUCCCCGGAUUCUCAGCUCCUGGUCACAGCCUCAGAUGAUGGCUACAUCAAGAUCUAUGACGUACAACACGCCAACUUGGCUGGCACACUGAGUGGCCACGCAUCCUGGGUGCUGAACGUGGCAUUUUGUCCUGAUGACACUCACUUUGUUUCCAGUUCAUCUGACAAAAGCGUGAAAGUCUGGGAUGUUGGAACGAGGACUUGCGUUCACACCUUCUUCGAUCACCAGGAUCAGGUCUGGGGAGUAAAAUACAAUGGAAAUGGCUCAAAAAUUGUGUCUGUUGGAGAUGACCAGGAAAUUCACAUCUGUGAUUGUCCAGUUUAGACAUCAGAGUCUCCAGGCUAAUGCUGCGGAGAGAAAGCACAGAUUGAACGUGACAUUCCUUCCCUUUCGAGUUGGAAACACCACAUUUACAGUGGCAAAAAGCUACGUUUCGUAGAUACAUUAGUCUUUUCACGUUCUGUUGGAAAUGCUGUUCGUUCUUUAACGUAAAGUGCUCUUAAUGCCAA